AGCGGUCGUUAGAAAAGUAUCUCACAUAUGAGCGAGCAACUCAACACCGAAUACCGACUAUACUGAUGACCAAAUUAAUUAUUUCCAGAUCAGAAUUUGUUUAGACGAGAAACACACACAUUGGGCUCUCGGUUGGAAUCCUUGGAACUUUUAUAUUGCCUUCCGAGUUUCGACAAUGAGUUUCGGGGCUCAAGAUCAUGUCUUUCGGUCUGCUUUGCAGGCCAAUACCGCCGUCAGUACUUACGCGGUCCCGUCCGAGAUCCAACUCGAGGGGAAAGGGGGCAACCUGUCGGAUGAGAUGACCCGGGCCAAGCGGGUCCAGCAGCAGGUUGCUAUGCGGCUCGCCGAGAAAACCUCGACGCUUUCACGACAGAACGGCUCAGCCACACAAUAUACCUCCUCAGAACACGGCGGUUCUUCAACAAUGAAGUACCAGACCUUCAACCCAGGGUUCAGCUCUAAGUCCUACGUCUACACAGCCUCCAGACCUGUCAUGGCACCCAGGAUGUCUCACUACUCUGGUGGUUUCUCCUCCCGGUCGGCGAUGGACCUGAGUGGUGGUCAGAGGCUCAGCAUGGGGGGUGGAGGAGGAGGAGGAGGAGGGUACCAGUACCACGAUAACAUGAGCCUGAGCGGGGGCUACCAGGGGGGAGGGGGUUACCAGGUUGGAGGAGGAGGGGCCAUGAGGCAACAGAUGUCCACCGUGAACCGGGCGAUGAGCCGUGCUCCCGGCCCAGACCUAGAGACCAUGUCCCUGCGCUCCGUUAGGCUCCAGAACAUGCCCGCUCAGCCGUCCCCAGUGGCAGCCUGGGUGGAUGCGGAUGGCAGCGAUGGGGUCAGCCUCGUCUCGGACCACGAUGCCACAUUCAACCGCCAGCAGUCUGUCUACAGCACCGUCAAUGGAGGAGCCUACAGCUCUGGGACCCAGAUGAGACAGGCAGGAGGAGGAGGGUCCAUGACCUACCAAGCCCCCAUGAGGAUGGGGGGAGAGGAGAUGAUGAUGGUCCAGCAGCAGCAUUCCUUUAAAGGGCCAGCGUACCGCACCAUCAGCAGGAUCAACAACAGGAACAACAGGAUGUCCAUGGGCUCCAUGUCUGGGGCUUCCACCCUCCCCCCUGGGGGAAGUAGCUACGGCGGUGGAGGGGGAGGCUUCGUCAUGUCUGGGGCUUCCACCCUCCCCCCUGGGGGAAGUAGCUACGGCGGUGGAGGGGGAGGCUUCGUCAUGUCUGGGGCUUCCACCCUCCCCUCUGGGGGAAGUAGCUACGGCGGUGGAGGCGGCGGUGGAGGAGGAUUCAUGAUGGGCCAGAUGUCGUCUGGGUCUCAGGGGAAUCUGAUGAUGAUGCAGCAACACAGACAGACCACUCUGCCCAGGACCAUGUCUAUCAAGAGCAUGCACAGUGUUGGGAAGGGCAUGGACAUCUACGACAGGCAGAUGGACAUGACAGACAGCAUGGGCAACCUCAGCAGGAUCAAUAACCUGGACAUGGCUACGGCGGUGAGGUACCUGGCAGAGGGGGAUGCUGAGCUGCAGGUUCUGGGAGCAGCUUUUAUCCAACAUGAGUGUUACAACGACACCGAGGCCAAGAAAGAGGUGCACCACUAUAAGGGCAUCCCAGAGCUGGUGAGGCUGUUCAACAGUGAGAACCAGGAGGUGGCUCGCUACGCCACGGGCGCCACGAGGAACCUCAUCUACGAGAACAUGGACAACAAGGUGGCCCUUAUCGAGGGGGGAGGGAUCCCACAACUCAUAGAGGCUCUGAAGGUGAAUGACGACGAGCUACGCAAGAACAUCACAGGUAUUCUGUGGAACCUGUCAUCCAAAGACAACCUGAAGGAGAAACUCGCCAAGGAGACGCUCGCUGAGCUCACAGAGAGGAUCCUGAUCCCGCUCUCAGGAAGUGGAGACACUGAGGUCAUCCACCAGAGCCCCUCUGAGGUUGACAUCUUCUACAACACCACCGGAUGUCUAAGGAACCUGAGCUCAGUGAAUGAGAAGACCAGACGGCAGAUGCGGGAGACCAACGGUCUGGUGGAUUCCCUGGUAGGAUACAUCCAGGCCUCGCUAGAGGACGGCAAGGUGGAGGAAAAGGGAGUGGAGAACGCAGUGUGUGUUAUGAGGAACCUCUCCUAUCAGCUGUACAGUGAGAUCCCGCCCUCGGCCAUGCUACGUCUGGAGGGACCAACCAGAGGCCAGGACACCAGCAGGAGUGAAGCCAUUGGUUGCUUCACCCCUCAGAGCAAGAAAGUAAAAAAUAAGAUGAACCAGGACCUGGUUACAUUCACAGAGGUGGCCCGCGUGCCCAAGGGUCUGGAGUGGCUGUGGCACCCCCAGGUGGUGGGGCUGUAUAACCGCGUGCUGCAGGGCUGUGAGUUCAACUUCACCACCCGCGAGGCUGCAGCCGGGGCGCUGCAGAACAUCACAGCUGGAGACAAGAGAUGGGCGGGGGUGCUGAGUCGUGUGGCUCUCGAGCAAGAGAGGAUGCUUCCUAUGAUGUUGGACAAACUGAGGACCAAUAAUGACCUGGAGCUGAGAUCCCUCACCGGCUUCCUCAGAAACCUGUCACGCCAUGCCAAGGACAAGAAUGCCAUGGCAACCAAGACAGUGAACAACCUGGUGGACAAGCUGCCUGCUGACGGUCAGCAGAAAGAGCCGUCCAGCGACGUGGUGGUCAACAUCUGUGGAGCGUUGAACAACCUGGUGACCUGCAGCGCCGUCGCAGCCCGGGACAUCACUUUCUUUGACGGGCUGCAAAAACUGGUGGCCAUCAAGAACUCCAACGACAGCAGUCCUGGGAAGCUGAAAGCAGCCAAAGCCGCUGCCACAGUCCUCUGCAACAUGUUCCAAUACAAGAAGCUGCACAAGGACUACAAACAGAAAGGGUUCACACGACCAGACUUUGCAGACAUGACAAUCUAAAAAAAAAGGAACAGAUGCAAUGUCUCUCUCUCUCCUUCUGCCAAGCGGCUGGAAACGUAUCUGAACACUUCAGUGGUCAAAGACUGGUCUGUACAACUGAAAACAUUGCUCCUUGGGCUACUUCCUACUUACGCACACAUGGAGUUGGAUGAACUAUACUACAGUGCAAGUGACAACAAAGAUGGAACCUGUUUAGGAACGACCUUAAUGGUGGACUAUGAUGAUAACGGACACCCUUUUCCUUGUGCGCUUGAAUACCAUAUGUAUUCAAUGCUAUAUGUUGAAUUUAAUAUAUAUAUUCAAUGCUAUAUGUUGAAUUUAAUAUAUAUUCAAUGCUAUAAGUUGAAUGUAAUAUGAUAUGUAUUCAAUGCUGUAGCUUGAAUGCUGUAUGUUCUAUAUGGUGGAAUCAGGGACUUUUUUCUCAAUGCAACCAGUCACUCUGCUGUAACCAAUAAUGCUAUGACUCGUUUCUCCUGCCUUAGCAAGCGUUGGUUUGACACAAUCCCAAAGUCUUCAGGCCCCCAUUUUGUUAACCCUGGUCCCAGAUCAGUUUGUGCUGUAUAGCCUACACGUAUGGCCAUUGUCACAAAACAACACAAAACUGCUAGUAAAAGGGAUGGUAAAAGGGAUGGUUUCCUAUCAAUGGUGCUUUUACUUUUGCUGAAGGGUUGAAAUAUUGAUGUUGUUCAUUGUGUUUUGUAUUAGUUUGGUGUUAGUUAUUUCUCAGACAGAAACUAGAGUAUCACUGAGUUAUAAUGAGUUAUAAACCAGAGUAUCACUGAGUUAUAAUGAGUUAUAAACCACAGUAUCACUGAGUUAUGAACCACAGUAUCACUGAGUCAUAAUGAGUUAUAAACCAGAGUAUCACUGAGUUAUGAGUUAUAAACCAGAGUAUCACUGAGUUGUUAUGAGUUAUAAACCAGAGUAUCACUGAGUUAUGAGUUAUGAACCGCAGUAUCACUGAGUUAUGAGUUAUAAACCAGAGUAUCACUGAGUUAUGAGUUAUAAACCAGAGUAUCACUGAGUUAUGAGUUAUAAACCAGAGUAUCGCUGAGUUAUGAGUUAUAAACCACAGUAUCACUGAGUUAUGAGUUAUAAACCAGAGUAUCACUGAGUUAUAAUGAGUUAUAAACCAGAGUAUCACUGAGUUAUGAGUUAUAAACCAGAGUAUCACUGAGUUAUGAGUUAUAAACCACAGUAUCACUGAGUUAUGAGUUAUAAACCAGAGUAUCGCUGAGUUAUGAGUUAUAAACCACAGUAUCACUGAGUUAUGAGUUAUAAACCAGAGUAUCACUGAGUUAUGAGUUAUAAACCAGAGUAUCGCUGAGUUAUGAGUUAUAAACCAGAGUAUCACUGAGUUAUGAGUUAUAAACCACAGUAUCACUGAGUUAUGAGUUAUAAACCAGAGUAUCACUGAGUUAUGAGUUAUAAACCAGAGUAUCACUGAGUUAUAAACCAGAGUAUCACUGAGUUAUGAGUUAUAAACCACAGUAUCACUGAGUUAUGAGUUAUAAACCAGAGUAUCACUGAGUUAUGAGUUAUAAACCAGAGUAUCACUGAGCGUUAUAAUGAGUUAUAAACCAGUGUAUCACUGAGCGUUAUAAUGAGUUGUAAAUUAGAACUGAAUGUAUGUUUUUAUGGAUGUGUGGAAAAACUGAACUACUGACACCUGCAUGAAUGACCUACAAUUAUGACUCAGAAAGGGAAUCAUGCGAUUGCUUUUAAAGCUUUACACAGUGGCUUACACAUUUAUUUACUUCAUAGAGAAGACAGAGAACUGCUUUGUGUCCAUCAUUAGACUAUGAGACCAUUCUUAUUUCCAUUUACGAUAUGAAAAAAUAAUCAACUAUUUUUACAAUGUGCUUUUUAACUGUUAACUGCAGGUCGAAUAAAAUCUGCAUCGUUUGUAACUAAUAAAGCUGACGUC